AUGCUGCCACCAGGCUGUGUUGGAUCCCAGGCCCCAGGGGCCAAGCGCUGGGCGUGGACUUCGGGGCCCCGCAGGCUCCGGCGGGGGACUCCACAGGCGUCACGGGACGACCGCGGCCGGCCCCGGGGGCGCCUGGACCAGUCGAGGAGGGACCGCGGGCCCACCUGGAGGUGUGUCCGCUCCACGAUCCCAGAGUGUGGCCGGGCCUGCGGGCAGACUGUGCCUGCGGGCGAGGAGGGAGCGGGGCUCCGGGGCGGGGCCUACAUAAAGCGGCUCUGCGCCGGCUUCCCCGCCCCGCCAUCCCCGAGGAUGGCCCUGGGCGAGCCAGUGGCCCGCGGACUCCUGUUGCUCCUAGCUCUCUGGCCGCUGCCGCAGGUGGCGCUGGGCUUCGCGGACGGCAGCUGCGACCACUCGGACCAGUGCCCGCCCCAGGCCCGCUGGAGCAGCCUGUGGCACGUGGGGCUCAUCCUGCUCGCAGUCUUCCUGCUGCUGCUGUGCGCGGUCACGGCCAGCUGCGUUCGGUUCUGCUGCCUCCGGAAGCGGGCACAAGCCCAGCCACACCUGCCUUCACCACAGCAGCCCUGCGACCUAACGGUCAUCUCUGUGGACAGUGACAGCCCCGUGCACAGCACGGUGACCUCCUACAGCUCCGUGCAAUACCCACUGGCCUUGAGGCUGCCCCUGCCGUUCUGGGAGCUGGACCCUGACACCGAGGCCCCGCCUGCCUACAGCUUGUAUGUCCUGGAACUGCCACCUUCUUAUGAUGAAGCGGUCAAGACAGCCAAGCCCAGCCACCAAGAGCCAGCCCUCUCCCUAAGGCCGAACCCCCUUCCCGGAACCCCCUUCUCAAGGGCCAGCCCCCUCCCUGGGGCCUCAGGCCUAGAGGCUGCUCCAGUGCCCCAGGAGCCAGCCCCUAGUGCCCAGCACCCCCAGCUGUAGCCCUGGCACCCCUGCAGGGUGGAAAUCUCUUUCAGAGCCUUUGGACUGGAGCCUCCCACUGCCUCCCACCACCUCGUGCCAGCCCAUCCCCACCACCUUCCCCCUGGGAAGGCUAACGUCCAGGGGGAAGGUUAACGUCCAGCACAUUGCUGCAGCCCAACUUCGUUGCUAUGUAACGGCCAGGGAUGGGAGAGUCACCCACCCCACCUUGGGCAAGUGGCUGCUUUGCCCCAGCCCCUGGCCUCCCCAGCAGGCCUGAGCCCCAGGAGCACCUCCCAGCUGUGACGUCUACAGCUUUUCAGAAACAGAAUAAAGUUUGUAUCUAAGUGGCCUCUGCCAGUGUGGAGAGGGCUUGGGAGGGCGGGCUGGGGUCCCAUGGGGUGCAGAGAGAUGGAGCUGCCGCCCAGGCACCAGCUGCCAUGAGUGCUGAAGCCCAGAGCCAGGAGGGGGUAUCAGGUGUCUCAGCAGAAGUGACCUGACCCAAGUACGCCCUAGUGGCUGGGCAGGAAACCCUCCACCCUCCCAGGCCCAUCCUCACAGCCACCGACGCUCCCCACCUUGGACAGUGAGGCUCACACAAGAGUCAAGACAGACAUUUAUUGGACACUGAGGGGGCAGGGGUGGGGAGGGUGGCAGCUGCUCCUACUGGACCAGCUUGAAGGACUCUCCAGUCAUCAUGGCCACAAACUCUAGAGGUCAGAGAAACACAUCAGCUGCCUGACCUGGCCCCGGCUGCCGGGCCCCACCCAUCCCCCUGCCUAUCCCCCCAGAUCACCCUCAUAGUCGAUGGUCCCAUCCCUGUUCUUGUCAGCCUCCUUCAUCAUCUGCUCAGCCUCCACCUCAUUGAGGGGCUCACCCGCAUUCAUGAGCACGUACCUGCCUGACCCCCACACUGAGCUAAGCCUUGGCCGGCCAGCCAGCCAGCCCAAGACUACAUGCACCCAGCCUGCCCAGCCCUCCUGACCAGCCCUCGCCUGGCUGCCCAUAGGGACGUAGUUGAGCAUGUUCCAGUCAAUGUAGCCCUUGCUCUCCUUGUCAAAGACUCGGAAGGCUGCCCUCAGCUCACCCUCCUGGUUCUUUGCUUUCUCAUGGUAAAUGCCCAUCAGCGCCAGGAAGCCGUCACAGUUGAAAAACGCUUUGUCUGCAAGGGGCCAUGUGAGGUGCAGGCUGGGUCCCCCAUUUCCCCCAUCCUCCCACCCUCAUGGGCUCCAUCACUUCCACACACAUACAUAGGUGGCCCCGCCAGCUGCCCACCCACCCCACCUCCCUGGCCUUACUGUUUUUGUCCACGUCCUUGGCCAUGGAGGCCAGCUCACUCUUGGUGGGGUUGAUGCCCAGUGAGCUCAUGAGCCGCUCCAGCUCUCCUGUCUUCACCUCCCUGUCGCCCUCCUCGUCGAACAUCUCGAAGACCCCCUUGUACUCCUUAAUCUGUUCGGCUGUCAAUCGCUCCGUCUGUGGGGCACACACUACCCCCCUCACCAGGGACUCCAGGGCCCCAGCCAGGCCUCAGCCACCCUCUUUCCAGGGGAGGGUUGGGGGUCCCGGGUGACAUGGGGUGCAUGGUGCACACGCCCUUAUCCAUCCACUUGGACACUCUAAGACUCUGUGGUUAAAAAAAGAAGGCCCCCUGCCCAUCCAGGGUGCAAGCAGGGUUCCAGGGGAAGGUGGCCUGUGCAGUGAGUGUUGAGGACCGCUAAGCAGCUUAAGGGGGAAGGGGCCAGGUGUGGGGAGCUAGUUGUGGAGGGGCCAGGCAACAGGUACAAGGAAGCAGCAUGGCUGCAGGGCCAAGGUGAUGGGGCCAGGUGACAGCAGAUGAAGGAUACCUUGGACUAGUUUGAGGGAGCCCAGCCCAGGCCUAGGCAAAGCUCCAGGGAACCGGAGGAGUCCAGGACCUGGCCACCCCUGCCUUCCACCGCUGCUGAAGUGGGUCAUGGGAAAGCUUUCAAAAAGGACUAUUCUCUCCUGCCCGGGAUCACAGGCUUCAUCGGGCCCUUUGGGGGCUCCUUUUGCAUUGGCCCCUUCCCCAGCUUCCCCCACCGCACAGUCCCAGCUCUGGCUCAGACCACCACCCGCCCACCUGGAAACUCUGGAAACAUCCUUACCAUGUCUAUGGCUGCCCAAGGGCACUGCAGGAAUGGCGGCACACAGCUGCUGUGGGCAGAAUAUGCAGGCAGAGGUGGCUGUGGGGUUUUAGCUGGGCCAGGUUGUCUGGGGUCCCUUGGGUCCAGAGUCCAAGAGCCUUUUAUGGCCAGGAAGAUCCUUCAGCCCUAUUUUGGGAUGAGCUCAUUCCUUCCCCACAUAGCCCCUUCCUCUCUAUCCUCGGCCUGGGCAUGCCCUGGUCCCCAGCCAAGGGCUGGUGCCGCCACUCACACCCCAGCCUCAGCCCUCCUGGGAGUCUGGGCAGGGCUGCCUAGACACCAAGGGCCAGCUGGGAGCACAUGGCAGGGAGAGGGGCAGAGGUGUGGUCCGGGCCUUCACACGGCUGUUCCCUCUUCAUCUGAAUCUACUUCCCUGGAGGCCCCCCCAUUCUGCUGCGGGACCCCCAUCACAGCGUGUCAUUGCUUAUUCAUAAGAUUUCUUGCUGGAGGUCCAUUCUGGCCAGGUGGACCCUAAUGGCCUGAGCAGAGUUGACCCUCACAUCUCCAGAGCCCAGCACCCAAUGGUGCCAGCCCAUUGCAGGAGGGACUAGGGGCCACAGUCCUGAAGGAGACAGAUCUGGGCCUGGGCUGGGGGUGGGAUGAGGCAAACAGGUCAGAGCUGGACUGCAGGCAGGGGCCAGGCCAGCUCCCUGGGCAGUUGGGCUAUUUUGGGGUUUCUCUGGGAAACCUGACCACCUCCACUGUGAGCAAAAGAGCUGGCCCCGGGAGGCAAGGUGAGGUGGUGAGGAACAGACAUCGCCAUGGAGCUCAUGCAUGCACGUGAGGGCUCAGUCUCCUUCAGACACGUCUGCAUAUACAUGCACAUGCCCACACACAUGGGCUUACUCUUCUUCAAUCACACGUGCACACACAUGCACAAACACACAUAUACACGCCGACCCCCUCCCUGUCUGCAUCUAAUGGUCCCCCAUUGGCAGGGACCCUAGGCUCCCCAAGCUGGCUUAAAGGUCCUUCUUGCCCUCAUCCAGGCUGUGGAUGUGAGGUCUGCUGGGCUGGCCAAGGUCCUCAGAGGUUUGGGGGUGCAGGUCAGGGCACUUACGGAGGUGGGGGUUCUCCCACCCCCGCCUGUUCCCUACCCAGGUACUCACAGACCAGGACCCCACCUAGUCCCCCUCAUCCCUGUGUAUGGCCUCCAGAG